AUGGGCUAUUCGGUCACUUCUCUGGCCAAGAACUCAAGACAAUCUGCUCCCAAGACCUCGCUAAAGGGCCCUCGUGGUAUGGAAGACUCGUUCGAGAUAGCACAACUGUUUGCUAAGCGCUACCCCUAUAACGAAAAAUCACUCUCCACCGAUUUGGAUGCUGUUGAGAAACACAUCGAGAGCCAGUUCAGCGACCCUGAGAACUUUUCUCUCGAGCGCAAGCCCACGACCGCAGAGACUGCGACUCAGGUACGUAAUCUGGUUACAGCUGGUGUCAAGAGAUGGUAUGAUGCUGACUGCUUCCUCUUCAAAUCACAGGUCACUCAAAAGUUCAAUACCACGACCAAAUUGAAUGCCGGAAUCUUCCUCGAAGGCCUAGCCAACUUCCUCCACUCAGAUGGCAUGAAUCUGACCUUUGACUACUUCCGCCUGCACUGUUUCUGCUGGAUGCUCCUCCGCAGUGUUAAAGACGCUUGCGCAGACUCCAUGCGCCAAAUCUUUGGCCCUGCAUACCUCGAGCGUGAGAACCAAUUGCCAUUUGUGGUAGGCUAUCUGUUCAUGUGUGCUUUUUCUGCAGACAAGGUUGGCAAGGAUGAGGGUGUGGAGGCGAGAAGUAAAGUCUUCCUUGAAGCUGUGGGUGCGUUGGAAGGCAUGAUUGAGACUGGAGCUGGAGGUAUCUGUGUGAAGAUCAUGGAAGAGUACUACAACUAUGCUGUGAAUUGGGAUGACUUUGAGCAGCUCAUGGCUUGA